UUAUUAUUAUUAUUAUUAUUAUUAUUAUUAUUAUUAUUAUUAUUGUUACACUACCGAAAUUUAGUUAAAGCCUGCAAUUCCUCACCUGAUCACUUCCUCGCCUAAUCGUUUUCUUUAGAAGGGGAAGCAAAACGUUUCAACUGGUGCUAAAAUAAAAACCCACGAAGACUCUAAAAGAGAUCCCAGCGAGGAGGUUUCAGGUUAUUUGUUGGCAUUAAAUAUGCCGUCUUAAACCCAGGCUGUCACUGAUUUUAUGUGUGCACAAAUACGGGUGCAAUGGGUGCACACAACAAACUGAUUUAUUAUAUUAAAGAAAAGAAAAGAAAAGAAAAGAAAAGAAAAGAAAAGAAAAGAAAAGAAAAGAAAAGAAAAAACGGAAAUAUUGUAAAUCACAUCAGUAAAUCAGUAACUGAUAAAAUUACAUUGUGAUAGCUUCUGAUACUGAAAACAAGACCAGACUCAGCGUUGGGCUGAAGUUCUCUUGAUGUAAUAAUGGGCUUUUAAAUAAUUAAUUGAUUCCUGGAGGUCAUAUUUUACCAAUUUCACACUCACUCACUGAUCCAGGACUGCUACAAGGGCGUCUAUCCAUGUUUACUGAGUUAAGUUUCAGACAAAAAUUUCCCACACAUACACACACACUGCACUCGUGUAUUCUGCGUAAAUUAAUGCAGGAUAAGGGCAGCAAAAAUGGGAAACUGUGGAGGCGUCCAGGCUGAAAAGUUCACCGGAAAAAAAGAAGAAGAAAAGAAGGAACAUUCGGGCCUGCUACUGAAAAUUAUUCCUGGGCCUCCUCUGUCUUCUAGCUCUCCUUUGCCUCGGAAAAUAAAUAAUUCAUAAGACAAUAAACCAACACUUCAUUUGGAUGGAUUCUGUUUGGGGAGGGGGGGGGGGGUCACAAUUAGGAGUUUAGCUCAAUCAAGCAAAUAUCUACGAGAGUUUAAUUUCUUUACUUUUGCUGAUACUUUAUGCUUUUUUCCUACUUUAUAUCAGCAAAUUUGCGAUGAAAUCAUAAUUAACGCACGAGGAUUUGCAGGAAAGAAAUAUAAAGAAAGAGAGCCGGGUUUGAUUUGCAGGAAGCUCUGUGGACUGUACUCACACCAAACUGCAGCUCGGUUAGCUGCCACCUGGAUCGCCUCGUUAAAUUACGAAGAAAAAAACAUUUCUGAUAAUUAAUUAUUGGACAGAGUAAUUAUUAUCGAGCGUGUGUGCGCGCAAUUGGUUGACGGGUGUGUUCUAAGUGUGACAGAUUGGGAUGAGGGGGUUAAAACCGUUGGAUAUUGAAAAGAAAAAAAAUGCAACUAAUCAAGAGGCUCAGUGGGGAUAACGCGUGAGGUUCACUGAAGUUGAAGUGACAGCAGUCAAAAUUUACCAAGGAGCAAAUUUGUUUAUUUAAAAGAACUGCAAAAAAAAAAAAAAUGUGUAUCGAGAAAGCAUGUGUCCAUUUUUCUUUCACUGGUUCAAUAUUUUAAAAUGAUCUCCUUCUUACAUAAAAAUAACACAAUUUAUUCACUAAAUGAACCUGAAAAUUCAGUAAUUUUUACUUUAAAUCACAUCAAUAUGGGCGCAUAUUAAUCUUCAUCAUAAAAAUGUAACGUUGACUGUGUGCUUUGUCAGACUAAACGGACUCAGACGUUUUAGUAACAAUCAGUUCAACUUCAGCUGUUUUUCUUCUCAUCCAAUCGGUUAUUACAUACAUACAAUCUAAUGUUAACAUAAACUAAAUAAUAUUCAAAAAUAAAAAAUAAAGUUAGUUCCUAAUAAAAUAGAUAAUUUGCCAGCAACUUUUAUUUAUUUUUAGCUUUUAUUUUGAAGAGAUUUAUCUUCAAUUCAUGGUGUUUAAUUUUACUGUAUAAAGGAGAUAGUGGCUUUAACCUGUUGCAAUCACAGUGCUCCUUUCUUUUUAUUCGUUUUCUUUUAUCUUAAUCGUGGGAGGGCGUGUGGGGGUUGCAAAGAUGAGGACAGCUGGAGAAGUGGCUCGUGCUUUUUGAGGAGAGCCAUGCGCUCUGGAAAGGACUUAUUUCGCCACAGCGUCACGUAAAUAGAGCCAAUAUCACUUCACGAGAAUGUCCGUCUUCCUCUUCUUUUCUUCUUCUUCUUUUAAACAGGUGCCAGGUGUAAUACGGACCACACGGCGAACAGAGGACACCGAAUACUCCUCGGGAGCUCCAUCAAUUUUCAAAAUUUUCUCCAACUUCAGCACUCAGACAAACAUUAGCAUGAUGUCGUAUCUAAAGCAACCACCUUACACAGUUAAUGGCCUCAGCUUAACUACUUCCGGCAUGGAUCUUUUACAUCCAUCAGUGGGCUAUCCAGCCACUCCACGGAAGCAGAGGCGAGAACGGACUACUUUUACGCGCGCACAGCUCGACGUUUUGGAGGCGUUAUUUGCUAAAACUCGGUAUCCUGAUAUAUUCAUGCGCGAAGAGGUAGCGCUGAAAAUCAAUCUACCUGAAUCCCGGGUACAGGUCUGGUUUAAAAACCGGCGGGCAAAGUGUCGCCAGCAGCAGCAGCAGCAGCAGAAUGGGGGGCAGAACAAAGUGCGACCUGCCAAAAAGAAAAGUUCCCCAACCAGAGAAGUGAGCUCGGAAAGCGGGGCCAGCGGCCAGUUCACACCCCCCACCAGCACCACCACGGUCCCCGCCAUCUCUACCAGCACCGCGCCAGUGUCCAUAUGGAGUCCGGCGUCCAUUUCUCCCCUCUCAGAUCCCUUAUCUACCUCCUCCUCUUGCAUGCAGAGGUCUUAUCCCAUGACCUACACACAGGCCUCGGGCUACAGCCAGGGCUACGCCGGGUCGACGUCCUACUUCGGGGGUAUGGACUGCGGCUCUUACCUCACUCCCAUGCACCACCAGUUGUCAGGUCCGGGGUCAACUCUCAGUCCGAUGAGCACAAACGCAGUCACAAGCCAUCUGAACCAGUCCCCGGCGUCCCUCUCCACCCAGGGAUACGGGACGUCCGGCCUUGGCUUCAACUCCACAGCAGACUGCUUGGAUUAUAAGGACCAAGCGGCAUCGUGGAAGCUGAACUUCAAUGCCGAUUGCUUGGAUUAUAAGGAUCAAACGUCCUCGUGGAAAUUCCAGGUCCUGUGAACCGAGCAAUCAGCUAUCAAAAAGUGCACAAACAGUGACGAUCACACGAGACACAGCGCUGCCAUCCCUCAACAGAACACUUCAGACUGGGUAAAAACGUGAGCCUGGUACACCGAGGCAGGGCUCUCAGGGGGGCCUCUAGUUUUUGGCAUGAUGGUCUUUGGUCCUCCUAGAGGAGAAGUUAAUGUAUUUUAGCACUGGCAAAGAGAUUUCCCCUCUCCCGUUUAUUCACCGGUUGUAGACCUUCUUUAUCUGUCAGUGCGUACCUAUGUGCGUAAAAAACAGACAAACAAACAAAAAAACACCACCUGUUGAGGACGUCACAGAGUGGACUCAGAAAGAAAAGCACACCACAGCCACGGAAGUAAAAGAACAAAACCCAAGUUAAUAGUCCUGCUGAAGUGCUCGGGAUGGACAGACCUUCUUAAAGCUUCUUAAACAACUUUGCCGCCCUGCCGGCAGAGUGUGUGACACGAGGAUGGCGUGUGGACAUGGAUGCACUACUUUAUUUAAGAAAAAAAAGUGUUUAUAAGGAAUCAAUAUGUAGUUUCUAAGAGACAAUCAGUGUGCGUCUUAUAUAAAUGGUACAUAUGUGGUUUCUUUUUUUUUUAAAUCUGUGCUAGCCUUCGAAACUGUGAUCUGUUGUAUUGUAUGCAAUUUGUGAGCCCCCCCCCCCUCCCCCUCGCAUCGGACUCUCUGCUGUGAUUUUAUUAGAUUUCUAACUUUUUCGUUUUCUUUCGUUUUUGUUUCUUUUGGGGUUUUUUCACCAACGAAAGAUGCUAAUGGUUAUUUUUACUGCAUCACAAAGAGAGACGAGACUUUCCAAGCACAUGGUGGAUGGUAGUAAUAAUCAAGGGUUAGCCAUACUGGAAAAGACUCUCGGCUGCUGAGAGCUCUACACUUGCUUCCCCUCCAUUGAUCUCAACACACGGUGAUUGUGGAUCCUUUACUGGCUCCAAAGAUGGUGUGACCUCACCGCUGAAAAGACAUGAAUAAAGGUCCUGUGAGCUUA